AUGGUCCAAGGCUAUCCCAUUGUCCUGAAUGGUGUGUUUUUCCAUACAGGAAGGUCUUCUUCAGUUCAGUCAAGAAUUGAUGAGAUUUUUCAUUUUUUUCCAGACGUAAAUCAUCACAAUAAAUUUGAUGCCUCCAACCAAGAACUGAGAACCAUGACGAUAAAGGGGAAAAGUGUGGGGGGAGAAGAUUCAACUGUGUCUUUGGAUGGUGGGGACAGGAAUGGCUACCUUGAUGGGUACCCUCAGGCCACCAGGAAGACUGCUUGGGUCUGUACUUCCGUGCUUGGGGAUGAACUUGAGAAGCUCCAGGUGUCCUGGGUGACAUCCUUGGCCAGGUGCUCGCAGUAUCCCUUCUACAGUCACCACAGGACAAGGAUUGUCCAUGUGCGUUUUCGCUUUGCCGCAGUUGACGGAGAGCUUUGGGUAAAAGCCCUGAUACCACCCACUCCUGCCCUGUCUGCCGGAGUCAUCUUUAAUCUGUCAAAACCCAGGCCUGUUCACAUGCUGCGAGGGUGGCACGGAUCCAAAGCCACUUCCGCUCCUUCCCUUGCUCUGGCCACAUGGCGGCUGAGCAACCGGCUUCAGAGGCUUCGGGGCUGGGCCCAGCCUCUUCGAAUCCCGAACCAGGCCUCCUAUUUUUCAUUCCAGGAGCCAAAGUAUAGACUGGCUUUUAAGAUACGCAAACGGCUGCAGGCCUUCCCUGGGUGGAUGAAGGCGACUGAGGAGCUGGACUCCCUCAAGUACAGCGACCUGCAGAAAUUAGCCAGGAGUCUGCGUCUCCGGGCCAACCUGAGGGCAGACCAGUUGUUAAAAGCCGUGAAAGGCCACAUUAAUCGUGAGGCAAGAAAAGGAAAUGAGAAUCGGGAUGAAAGUCAAAUUUCUGCAUCCUCUUGUCAUGAGACUGAGAUACAGAUCAGCAGCCAGGAACAAGCCGAGAGAGAGCCAACUGGCCAUGUCACCAAAACAAGGAGAAGGCACAAGACUGCCCGUGUGGACCCUGACUCCCAGCAGGAUCAUUCAGAGAUAAAAAUAAGUGAUCCGACUGAAUUCCAGAAUCAUGAAAAGCAGGAAAGCCAGGAUUUCAGUGCUAUUGCAAGAGUUUAUUCUGCAGAUGAGCACCAAGGAGCUAAGAAUGCUGUUUCUUCAGGAAAACGUGGAAUAAAUGGUAACAAAGAUUCAAAGAUACCUUCAGAAAGAAAGAAAUCUCUCUACACAGGUGGGUUAUCCAAACCUGGAAAAAAUAAAAGAACUGCAAUGACUACUCCAAACUUUAAGAAGCUUCAUGAAGCUCAUUUUAAGGAAACAGAGUCCAUUGAGCAAUAUAUUAAGAGGAAAAAGAAACAUUUUGAAGAAUACAAUUUCAUCAGUGAACUGAAGCAGCAGCCCAUCAAUAAGGGAGGAGUCAUGACUCCAGUACCUCCAAAAGGAAGACUCUCUGUGGCUUCUACUCCCAUCAGCCAACAACGCUCUCAAGGCCAGUCCUACGGCCCUGCAUGUCAGAGUACCUUGGGUCUGAAGGGGUCACACAAGCGCUCUGCUAUCUCUGCAGCUAAAACAGGUAUCAGGUUUUCAGCUGCUACUAAAGAUAAUGAGUAUAAGUGUUCACUGACCAAGACUCCAGCCAGAAGGUCUGCACAUGUGACCAUGUCUGGGAAUACCCCAAAAGUUAUUACUCCAUUCAAGUUGACAACUGAGGCAAUGCAGACUCCAGUCUCGAAUAAGAAACCAGUGUUUGAUCUUCAAGCAAGUUUGUCUCGUCCCCUCAACUAUGAACCACACAAAGGAAAGUUAAAACCAUGGGGGUACUCUAAAGAAAAUAAUUAUCUAAAUGGACAUGUCAACAGAAUUGAUUUCCACAAGAAAACUUACAAACAACCCCGUCUCCAGACAAAGGAAGAGCAACGGAAGAAACAUGAGCAAGAAUGAAAGGAGAAGAAAGCAAAGCUUUUGGGAGUGCGAAGGGGCCUCAGUUUGGCUGAAGAUUAGUAAUUUUUUAACAUCUUGUAAAUAUUCCUGUAUUCUCAACUAUUUUUCCUUUUGUAAAUUUUUUUUUUUUUGCUUUCUUCCCCACUUUAGUCAUGAGAUCUUUUUCUGCUAACUGUUCAUAUUCUAUGUCGUGUCCAUGGGUUCUUCAUGUGCUACAAUCUCUGAAAAGACAUUAUCACACUAAAGCUCAAAUUCUUUGGGAUGGUUUUUGCCUAAGUCCCUAUACAACUCGGUUUUCUAAUGAGACCC